AUGUGGGUUCUAAUUGGCCACAAGCUCAGAGUUAGAAGCAGCCCAGAGCGUUGGGGCUGGAAGGGCCCCGGAGACCAGGUGGGACGGGCGCUCCAGUCCCACAUGGGGAAGCUGGGAGCCUGCCCGGGGCCCGCGGGAUGGCUGGUGAACCCCAUGAUCUCCGGCCAGGCCAGGCCGGCCAGCGAGGACAGAGCCCAGCGGCCCCCAGCUUGCCCAGACACUGGGCACCAACAGGCUCCUUCUCCCCAACGCCCAGCCCCUUAUCAGGAAAGGAUUUGGGUUGGUGGGGAGGGGGAAGUCCGAGGCCCCUGGCUCAGCAAGGUGGGUAGGAGAGAUAGGGAAGUGGGGAGGGGGCCACGGGAGUCCUGCUGGGAGGGCCAGAGGCCGGAAGGGAUGCCCAGAGCCAGCGUGGGGGGGUGGGGUUUGCCAAGCGCUGUCCUUGCUCCCGGCACUGUGACAUGGUUCCAGGGCUGCUCCUGCCUUCCAUCCUUGCCAGGCAAGACGCCGGCACCUUUAAUUAGCAAGCAGCAGCCUCUCCCCGAUUCAUCACAGUCACUGUUUAAUUAG